AUGGAACAAAAGAACAAUGUGACUGAGUUUGUCCUCUUGGGGCUCACUGAGAGCCUCCAGGGCCAGAAAAUAUUAUUUGUUGUGUUUUUGCUCAUCUACCUUGUGACAAUGGUAGGCAACCUACUCAUUGUUGUGACUGUGGCGGUCAGCCCAACCUUGGAUGCCCCUAUGUACUUCUUCCUUGGCUACUUGUCAUUUAUGGAUGCUGUUUAUUCUACCACAGUUACCCCAAAUAUGAUUAUAGACUUACUCUAUGAGAAGAAAACCAUUUCCUUCCAAGCCUGCAUGACCCAGCUUUUUAUAGGACACUUAUUUGGUGGUGCUGAGAUUUUACUCUUGGUUGUCAUGGCCUAUGACCGUUACGUGGCCAUCUGCAAACCCCUGCAUUAUUUAACCAUCAUGAACCAACGUGUGUGUGUUCUGCUCCUGCUGUUAGCCUGGUUUGGAGGUUUUGUGCAUGCAGUAGUUCAACUUCUCUUUGUUUACAACCUUCCCUUCUGUGGCCCCAAUGUCAUCGACCACUUCAUCUGUGACAUGUACCCCUUAUUAAAGCUUGCCUGCACUGACACCUAUGUUAUUGGCCUCACUGUGGUUGCCAAUGACGGAGCAAUCUGUGUGGUCAUCUUUAUGCUCUUACUCGUCUCCUAUGGGGUCAUUCUGCACUCCCUGAAGAAUCUUAGUCAAGAAGGGAGACGCAAAGCCUUAUCCACCUGUGGCUCUCACAUCACUGUGGUGGUCCUCUUCUUUGUGCCUUGUAUUUUUACGUAUGUGAGACCUCCUUCUACCUUACCCAUUGAUAAAUCCUUGACUGUGUUUUACACAGUAAUCACCCCUAUGUUGAACCCCCUAAUCUAUACUCUGAGAAAUGCAGAGAUGAAAAAUGCCAUGAAGAAGCUAUGGACCAGAAAAAGAAAAUGA